UCCAAUCUUAUCCUUAUCUUCAGAAGUUAGAACUCUGUCCCCUCACUCUCUACUCUGCCUCUCCAAAAAUCUUUUCUCCAUUUUCUUGUUCUGAAGCUAUUGUGUCAGCAGUUCAGAAUUCGAUCUCAGUUCUCUACGAAGGACACCAUUAGAGCUCUUGUUUUUUGUAUUUUAGGGGAAAAGAAUCCCAUUUGAUCAAGAAUGAUAGAAACGGAUUAAUAAAGUUUGAGUCUUUGACUAAGUUCAACAACAUAUUUUGCUCUGUUUCCUUUUUGUUCACUUUUACAGAUACUUUUUAUACUGAUCUAGAAGCCUAAGAAAACAACAUAUAUAGCAUAAGCAAUUCACAUGGCAGAUUCGGACAAUGAAUCAGGAGGGCAGAGAGAGAGCGAAAGUUCACUAAGAGAGCAAGACAGGUUCCUUCCAAUAGCAAAUGUGAGCAGAAUCAUGAAGAAAGCUCUACCAGCAAACGCGAAAAUAUCAAAGGACGCUAAAGAGAUAGUUCAAGAAUGUGUUUCUGAAUUCAUCAGUUUCAUUACUGGGGAAGCAUCAGAUAAGUGUCAGCGUGAGAAGAGGAAGACCAUCAACGGUGAUGAUUUGUUGUGGGCAAUGACAACACUUGGUUUUGAAGAAUACAUUGAGCCCCUUAAGAUUUAUCUGCAGAGGUUCAGAGACUUAGAAGGGCAAAAGAGCACCAUGGCUGGAAUACAAGACAAAGAGAAUAGUGGAUCAGUGAAUAUGGGUAGUAGUUAUGUUGAGGACUAUGGCAUGAUGAUGAUGGGUCAGCAUCAUCAAGGACACGCGUACGGUACCGGAGUAUACAAUCAGACGGCUCGAAAUGAUGCAGGGAUUGGUAAUACAGGGUCUCGAUUUCCUGAUGUUGGGAGGCCAAGGUAGCACUACAGGCUACAACUAUUGAAGCCUAUGAUCAUACUUACUUUUGUUCUACAAAUAUGUAAAUUGGUAAAUAUGUGUGUACAUUUUCCAAUUUGGUGUAAACAUGGUAGCAGACGGAUUAUAAAUGUCUACAUCAUAGUUUCUGUCAGUAACUUGAUUGUGUAACAAAAGAUUUACAUUUCUCCUGUGUCAAACCUAAAAGCUCUAUCAAACAUGUAAAUAGGUGAAGUGA